CUAGAAUUGAACUAGAACUGAAAUUGAACUGAACUAGGACCGAACUAAAACUGAAGUAAAGUUGAAGUGCAACUGAACUAGAUUUUAACUAGAACUGAACUAAAACUGAACUAGAACUUAGCUUGAAUUUAGGACUAGUUCUGUGUUAAUGAGGCAUUCUUUACUAUAUUUAUUUUUUUAAUUUUUAAUAUUUUUUUUUAAAUCCUCUGAAUAUCAACAUCUAUGAAAGACCUUUUAGGUCUAAGCUAAAUGCUUAUCAAUACUCUUUUACUCUCUGAAUAUUUUUGAUUACAUUGUAUGUAAAAAUUCAAUUUUAUAUGAUUUCAAACUUCAUUAUUAAGUUCGAUAAUAUGCAUGUCUGAAAAUACAAAACGAUAGAUAAAAAUUUAAUCAAAGACAGCAUGAGUGAGAUGAGUCGAAACAGAUAUUUUAAAGAAUUGAUAAAAUUAUGAAAACAUAUACUUGUUGACUAGAGGUCACAAUUCUUUUGUAAUGUUUUCAUUUAGGAUUGAAUGGAACAUACAUUGAUCAGUAAUCUAAUGAAAAUCGAAUCGAAAUCAUCGCCAUCAAUUUGACACUAAGACAGACUUUAUAGAGUCUUGCUUUUGACAACUCAUUUCACUCAUUAAUAAUAAUGGGAAACACUUUUAACAAUCUACUUCUUUAAAUCUCUGCCACCUAGUGGGUGUAUGUAUAUUUACUCCAGUAACUUAGUUAAAACAUCUUUUGAAAAAAAUUCUAAUAACUGAUAAGUACUCAUCAUCAUUAUAUACGAAGAAAUCAAUGUCGUAAGCAUACGAUUUAGUUCAAAAACAAUUUUGAAAGUGUAAUGUACUGAUAUUUUCAAUAUUUCUAAACCCGGAAACGAAAAUGCGACAAACUGGUAAAAUUAUCAUAAAUAAAGUGGAGAAAUCAAAAACAAAAGUGAAAAAUGUCCAAACGAAUUCAGUUAAGUCUAAAACUCCCUCAUACUGUCAAAUAAUCGAAUUUAUAUUGGUCUCUAUAAAUCGUUUACUAAUCGGUUUUGUUACGAUUUAUAUGAGUUGGAUGUGUUUGCGUUUGAAAUACGAAGAUAUACCUUUUCAUGCGGUCUUGUGUACUUUAGGGUUUGUUUGCUUGAUGUCUGAGGGUUUAUUGUCACAUUAUCGUGGUAAUGCUUGGACUUUAUUAUGUUUUCGCACCGAAAAAACUCGUACUCAUUGGAUUUUACAAUUAACCGGUUCGAUAAUUGGUUUGAUUGGAAUUGGUAUUAAGUGUUACAUAGAGGAAGUACAUUUUCAUACAGUGCAUGGUUUAGUGGGUUUAGCCACAGCUGCUCUCCUUACACUAAGCCUUCUAACAGGCUUAAGUGCCCUAUAUGCCACGGAAAUGAAGCACUAUAUGCAACCUUUAUGCAAUAAAGCUUUUCACAAUAUCUGGGGUUUAUUAACCUUUACACUGGCCAUGAUCAGCAUGUAUACCGCUUAUGAAACGGAAAUAUUUUUUCAACAUUCUUUAGAUGCAGCCAAUUACAAAGAUUUCAAAUGGUUAAUACAAUCGUGUAUAAUUAUAAUAUGGUUAUUAACCUGUUAUGGUCCAUUAUGGUGUUUAAUUUAUUCAAAAUUAUGUAGAACUUGUUAAAAUGAAAUAAAACUAUUACUUUUUUAGUUUUAGAGGUUAACAUAAUAAUAAUUUUUAUUUGAAAACAUUUAAAAGUUU